CACGAGAUGUCUGCGCAGCUGUCAAGGGCUCCAGCCAUCCACUCUCAAGGACUUUCUCCAUGCUUCUCAACUGGAGAGGCAGUCCCAUGCAGUCAAGGGCGAUCCGAACCCUGUGUAGCGUCAUAGGCAGCACUCUCUCAAAGUAUUUCAGGCAAAAUGGCUGUUGGGAAAUGUAUGUCAACUACUGCUCCUGGGAUAUCUUUGACGUUCUUGAUCCCAAACUCGUAUCAUCUGGGGAGAGAAGAGCUUUCAAUGAAGAAUAUUGGACAAAGCAUAUGGAGACCACGUCACAACCAGACGAGGCGAUCAAAGCAGUCAUCGCCCUUGUCCAAUUUCAAAGCCACGAGGACUUGAAGGGUGUCCUAAGUUGGCUUGAGGAGCAUCAGUGGCAAGCUACAACCUGGUGGACCGUCACUGAGAGAUACUACAUGGCCGCCGCAUAUCUAAUAGCGGGGAAAGCAAAUGUAUCCUUUGAUAUUGUCCAAUCAACGUUUGAUUCGAUAGUGGGGGAUUGGCGAUCUGGAUUUUCCAUCCACGACACGCUGGUUGAUGUAAGGAAUAUAGAAAGCAUUGUGGAAGAACUCCCAGAGGGAAUGUAUGGUCUUGACAGCUUGAAAAGCCGCGUGAGUAUGGUUUUCGGUCAGAUCAUAGAGGAGCUGGACAGUGAUCUGCCAGAGGUUCUGCUUUCCGAAAUGGAUUGGGAAUGAUGUUGGAUUAGAGUCAUCGAUUACACGUGUAUGGGGGUUCAUUCAAAUGA